AUGAUGACUCCGUGGUCGUUCGUCGCGCUGGCGUGCCUCGGGGGCGCGUCGGGGGGCGACGUCGUCGUCAGCGUCCGCGACCUCCAGUUCGUCGAGCACCCCUGCGACAACGACUGGAGCCCCUAUCUCGGAAGGCACGUGGCCCUCGAGAAGGUCUACGUGACGGCCGUGGCCUUCGGGCGCUUCGCCGUCACGGACGCCGCCGAGGUCGCGGCCUGGUCCGGCGUCGUCGUCGACGCGCCGCGCCUCGCGCCGGACACGCUGGGCGAGGGCAUGCGCGUCUCCGUCAAGGGCCGCAUGAUGGAGGUCGGCGGCGAGACGCGCGUCGUCGACGUCACGUCCGUCGUCGUCCACGCGGACCUCGGCGUCGCCGCCGUCGUGCCCGCGGACGUGACCACGGAGGCCAUCUCCGCGAACGUCGGCGAGUGCGAGCGGGAGCGCUGGGAGGGCUGCCUCGUGCGCGCCGCGGGCGCGGAGAUCCUCGCGGACCCGGACGCGGGCGGCGCGAUGAUCCUCGACGACGGCACGGGCCCCGCGGUGCUCAACGACGGCUUCCUCGGCGGCGGCGGCUCCGUGCUCGGCGAGCUCCGGGCCCAGUGGGCCGCGGGCGGCGGCGACGACGACGACGCGUGGGCCGUCGACAACGUCCGCGGCGCGACGGUCGACGCCGUCGUCGGCGUCGUCGUCAUGGUCGCGGGCCGCUACGAGCUCCUGCCCCGGCGGCCCGGCGACGUCGCCGCCGGCUCUCCGCCCGUGGGCUCGGGCCUCGCCGAGGUCGACAUCCGCGCCGUGCAGCGGCCCGCGGGCGACCUCGACGACGCGUGCGAUGGCGCGAGCGACGUCGGCGACAACUCGCCCUACGUGCUCCGCGAGGUCGCGACGCGGGGCUACGUCUCCGCCGUCGGCCGGGGCGAGUUCUUCCUCCAGCAGGGCGCCGCGGCGCGGCCCUGGGAGGGCGUCGCCGUGUCGCUCGGCGAGGCACCGGCGCCGGACUUCCUCCGCGUCGGCGCGGCCAUCAAGCUCGCGGGCACGGCCGAGGAGUUCGAGGGCAUGACGCGCCUCGCGCGCCUCGUCGCCGCGCGGCCGCUGGGCGGCGUGCCGGACGUCGACGUCGCGCCGUUGGACGCGAAGACGGGCUGGCUCGCGUGCGGCGGCGACGGCGCGCCGGAGGGCUACCCCGAGGCCCUCGAGGGCGUCCUCGUGCGGCUCCGGGACGUCGUCCUCGCCUCCGACGCGGACCCCGUCACGGGCAUGGUCGCCAUCGACGACGGCUCGGGCGUCGCGCGCCUCGACGACCGCAUCUUGGACACGGACGCGGAGCUCCAGCUCCGGUGGAACACGCUCGGCCUCGAGGGCCGCGAGCUCCGCGAGCUCGUCGGCGUCGUGACCUUUGCCUACGGCACGUUCCAGGUGUCGCCGCGGACGACGCGCGACCUCGGCUACGUCGGCGAGCCCACGCGCGGGCCCCGCGCGGCGGCCUACGCGGCGCCGCUCCGCGCCGUCGCCGCCGCCGCGCUCGCGCUCGCCGGCGUCGUCGUCGGCGCGCUGCUCGCGGGCCUCGCCUACUGGCAGUACGCGCGCCACCGGCGGCCGCAGCACGCGCGCGUCUUCUCCGAGUCCGUCGCCGGCUGCCUCGACGCGCUCUGCUGCUGCCUCGGCCGACGCGACGACGCGGCCGACGGCCCCAUCACGACGGAGUACUCCUUCGCGCCGCGGGGGGAGAACGAGCUCGUCUCGGAGCAGACCGCGCCGCGCGCGUCCGAUGCGCAUGACGACGCGCCGGCGCCGCCCGCCGACGACGCGCCGGCGCCGCGCGAGAGCUUCGCCGGCGCCGUCGACGCGAGCGGGUGCGCCCGCGGCCGCGUCGCGAGCCGCUUCCUCGGCAACGACCUCCUCGGCGGCCACUCUCGGUGUACGGCCAUCCCGCUCCUCACGCUCAUGGUCUUCCUCCAGUUCGUGCUCACGUUCGCCGUGCCGACGCUCCGGCCCUACCUCGACGCUCGAAUGCCCGCGGCGCUCGACGACGGCGCCUGGACGAACGUCGUCGCCUACGUGCUCGUGUGCUUCCCGACGGGCCUCGCCUUCCAGGCCGUCAGCGCGGGCAACGUGCCCGGCGCGCCGCUCUCGUGGUCCGCCUUCAGCGUCGUCGGCCUCGGCCUCUUCACGUACGUGUCCGUCCGGCGCUACGACGACUUCGCGGGCUCCUACGAGGACCGCUUCUUCCUGGUCGUGAACCCGAUCACGGGCGCCGUCGCCGUCGGGCUCCACCUCGCGAUCCUCGUCGCGGUGGCGACGGGGCGGGACGCGGACUGGCUCCAGCACUGGCGGCGGCUCCGCGCGGCGCGCGCGCGCAAGCCGCGGCGCGAGCCCCGCCGCCCCGGGGCGACCUUCGCGAUCCACCCGGGCUUCGCCGUCGCCGUCGACGGCGGCCGGCUCGUCGUGGGCCGCGUCGGCGGCGGCCGGGGGGGCGUGAAACUCUCCGACGUCUUCUUCGAGGAGGAGGCGCCGGCGGAGCCCGUCGCCGCGGCGCCGGCGGCGGAGCCCGUCGCCGCGGCGCCGGCGGCAGAGCCCGUCGCCGCGGCGCCGGCGGAGCCCGCGUCGGCGCCGCCGGCGGCGCCAGUGGCCAAGCCGCCACCGGCGAAGUCGCCGCGCCGCGCCGUCGCCGCCGCGCUCCGGUCGUACCGCGACGCCAUCGUCGCCGCGGCCGACGCGCGCGUCGUCGCGCGGAGCCGGCCCUUCGUCGUCGUCGCGGCGGCGCUCUUCGGCGUCGUCGUGCUCGCCUACUUCACGGGCUACGCCGUGCGGCACUGGCGCACGACGUACCUCGGGCGGCUCGCGGACAGCGUCGACGACGUCGAGGCGGAGCUCCGGGCCGCCGGGCUCGACCCCGCGGACUACGUCGGCGACCUGCUGCCCGAGGCCGCGAAGCUGCUCCGGACCGUGCAGCGCGACCUCAACGUGUCGGCCAAGGUCGCGGUGCCGCUCGCGUCGCUGCUCAUGCUCCGCGUCGCGUGGGGCGUCGUUCCCUCGUUCGACCGCGCGCUCGCGAAGCUCGAGCGCGGCGCGGCGGGCGGCCCGCGGCCGCCGCCGCGGCUCUCGCGGGCCGCGGUCCUCGCGCGGGACACGUCGGUCGUGGGCGCCCAGUUCUUCCUCAUGUCCCUGGGCUACAUCAUACUCGAGAACGCGCUCGUGUUCUUCAUCUUCGCGUGCGUCAACGAGUACCCGCGGGGCGUCCUCUGGGACCACCGGCUCACGCUCGUCGUCUUCGCCGCCGCGUCGGCCUUCAUGGGCUGCGUCGUCGACCCGCUCGUCAUGCACGGCUACUGCAGCGACGGCUACCGCGCGAGGCGGCCCGCGGCCUUCGCGGUGGCCUACGCGUCCUACGUCGCCUACGGCCUCCUGGUGGGCGCCGCGCUCUUCGUGUCGCGGGUGUUGACGUCCGUCGUCUUCUGCCUCUUCCACCUCGUCAGCCUCGACGUCUGCGUGCUCCCGGAGCGCUACGCGCACCUCGACGCGUCGCACGUCGCCUUCAUGUCCCUCGUCUACGCGCACCGCCGCCACCACGACGCGGCGCUCCACGUCGCCGCGGAGGCCUUCGCCGCGCGCAAGCCGCGGCACAGCCGCGCGCGGACGCGGUGGCACCUCGCGUACACGCUCCUCAAGAACCCGGCGCUCCGCCGCGACCGCCGGCGCCCGGGGCUCGCCGGGCCCGCGCGCGCGCAGGUCCGCCGGCAGAGCGCGGCGGGCUCUGCGGCCCUCGAGCUCGCCGUCGCGGCCAUCGAGCUCGUCUAG